UAUCAAACUGCGGACGUGAUAAAGAAUCAUAGCGACUUGAGAAGCGGGAAGAUGUUGCCAGGAGUUUGCCAGCAUCACCGGCGGAGAUGAAGACAGCCAAUGUUAGCCCCGCCCUGGGCUCGCCAUUGGACGGCAGAGGACUUACUGUAACUGGACAGACAGAGACGUAGCAGGCCUGGAGGUGUAACAGCAGCAGCAGUGCGCGGCGGUGGUCAUGAGCUGGAGCUUCCUGACGCGUCUGCUGGAGGAGCUCCACCAGCACUCCACGUUCGUGGGCAAGAUCUGGCUCACCGCGCUCGUCGUGUUCCGUAUCGUCCUCACGGCCGUCGGCGGCGAGAGCAUCUAUUACGACGAGCAGAGCAAGUUCGUGUGCAACACGCUCCAACCGGGCUGCGAGAACGUGUGUUACGAUUCCUUCGCGCCGCUCUCGCACGUCCGCUUCUGGGUGUUCCAGAUCAUCCUCGUGGCCACGCCCUCGCUCGUGUACCUGGGCUUCGCGGCCAAUAGGAUCGCUCGCCUGGAGGAGGAGGAUGAUGAUGGGCGUUGUGGUUGCGGCGGGCGUUGCGGCGGCGGCGGCGGCGGCUCGGGCACGGGCACGCCGCCGAACAGGAAGCAGAGACUCGCUUGUGGGCGUCGGCCUGAGCGAGCCAAUAGGAUCGUGGAUGAUGGGCGGGACGAAGAGGAGGAGGACCAGGAGGAGGAGCCAAUGCUGCACCACGUGCCAUUGGUGGUGAUGGAGGAGGAAGAGGAAGAGGAGGGGCCUAAUAAGGGCGAGGGGCGGAGCAACAACAACAAGCCGCCGCGUCGUCGUCACGACGGGCGCCGGCGUAUCCGUAGAGACGGUCUGCUGCGCGUCUACGUGGCGCAGCUGCUCGUGCGCUCGGCGCUCGAGCUCGCGUUCCUGCUCGGCCAGUACUUCCUCUACGGCUUGCGCGUGCCGCCGCUCUACGUGUGCAACGGCGCCCCCUGCCCUCACGACGUGAACUGCUUCGUGUCGCGGCCCACGGAGAAGACCAUCUUCCUGCUCGUCAUGUACGGCGUCUCGCUGCUCUGCCUGGCGCUCGACCUCUGGGAGAUGCUGCACCUUGGACUCGGCUCCAUCCUCGACAUCCUCCGUCCGCGUCGUCGUCGCCGGCGGCAACGCCACUCCGCCAUCGCCCUGGGGCCCCUGAGGGGGGGGGCGCCCAUCAGCGAGGCCGGCGGCGGCGGCGGGGGGGGGCCGGGGGGGGCCGGCUAUGGCUACGGCAGCUACCCGUUCUGGAGCGGCGGCGCUAACGCUAGCGCUAACCCUCUAGCGCCCCCUGGCUACUACAGCGUGCGGCCGGAGCAGCAGCUGCCCGUCAGCGAGCUCAGCGGCGGCAGCCAGGCCAAGAUGGCGGCGACGCGGCAGAACAGAGCCAACACGGCGGCGCAGGAGAGACAGGAAGAGGCCAGGCGGGACAGGAAGAGGGAGCGGGGAGGGGGAGGGGUCAAGCACUCGGGGGGGCGGGGCGACAGAGGCAGCUGUAGCAGCAGCAGUCGAUCAGAUGAGGGGAAGCCGUCGGUGUGGAUCUGA